GGGCCUGACUCAGCCCUGGGUGGGGGGACUGGCCUGGCCCCUUGCCCUGCCCGCGCGGCGCCGCCUGGCCCUGGCCUCCAGGGAGGGGACAGAAAGCACCCCUCUCCCCUGCCCGCGCCCCCAAAGCGCGUGACCCUGUCUCCUCUAGCCCGGACCCCCCUCCUUCCCCUUGACGCCACCACCACGUGCGAACCCUGAGCCCAGGCAGAGGAGGGGGUGAACUGGUGGGAUCCAUCCACCUCCUUCUCCCUCCCUCCGUCCCCAGCCUAGGAACGGGCCCCCUCCCCCAGCUCCGGGCCUGAGAACCGGGCAGGGGCCGGAGCUGAGGGCUGGGGCUGGUGCACUCUCUUGCCCAGGCCUUUGUGGGUCCUGGGAGGCACUGCCCUCGCUGGCUGGUCGGCUUGCUGGCUGGCUGGCUGGCUGGCUGGUGAGGGAGUCCGGUGGACCGCAGCAGGAGACUGCUGUCCAUCCAGGCCCAGGCACCCAGUGGGCGCCCACUAAAUGUUUGGGGAAUGCAGCCAGCAGUUGGUGGGGUGGCAGGGAGAGGUAGGCAACUCCUCUCUCCCCCUAGCCAGGGGGCGGAAGUGAGAGAGGUGUUGGUGCCCCUCCACCGGGUGUGCCCACCUGGCUCACCCAUGGGUGGCAGGCUUCGUUUGCUACCCCCCCUCCCUGCCAGCUGCCUCCCAGAUCAGGGCCGGAGCAGGCCUGGCUGGAGACGGCGUCCAGGAUUCCAUGUCAGGCCCCCCCCUCAACCAGGCCAGGGCGUAACCCUGAGUGUGCCGCUCCCACACUGGGGGGGCCCUCCCUUGGACCAACCGAUCACUUCCUAUUGGCAGUGCUGGGCUUGGGAGAGGUCUGGGGAGUCCACACUGGGCCCUGCUGCUUCCUCCCAGGCCCCCAAGACUCCAGGCAGGGGGCAUUCUCCCCUGAGGGCCACCCCCAGUGGGGCCCUUAGAGCACACCAGGCCUGGCACUUAUCGUCUGGGCUCGGGGCUCUGUUUACCGCCAGCCAUCGCUGUGGAGACGGGAGCCUAGGGGAGAAGGGGGGGCAGGAGCUGGUGACUGGAAGAGCGAAGCCCUGGGAUCCGCAUGCCUAAUGAAGGAAAGAGGAGCCAACGGGGACACUGAAAUUUUAAUUCGUGGGUCACUUUGGGGGGGGUAUUUAUUAUUCAGUUCUGAUUGGCUGCGUGGUGGCCAGUCAGCACCCUGGCCUGGGCUGGGAGCCACGCAACUCUCAGCAGAGGCCCUUAGCAGUGGGUGGCUAUAGGCUGAUGCACCCUUUUCUCUGUGUGGGAGACUGAGGCCUGCCAGAGCUCAACCUUCAUCCAGUGAGGAAGUUUCCUGAGACAGUAGCCAGUCUUUGUGUUGGCUUUUUUCUUUCUUUUUGCUCCUUGGAACCUUCUGAUCCAUAGCUGGUUGGGCUGGUGGCAGUCCCCAAUGCUAUGUGAGGAAACUGAGGCCAGGAGGGGAGGUCAGACACAAGUAUGGGGCCUCAGGGGCUUAGAGCAAGCCUCUGAGCGGUGCCAUAUGGGGCAAGGGCAACUGAGGCCUGGGGGAAGCAGAGAGCAGCCCAAGGUCAGCCAGCCAGUGCUGGAUCUGACCCUUGGGGUCCUGCCUCCCAGCUCAGGACGUGUCCAGAGUCCUUUCUGUCACAGCUGGGGGGUACCUGCCCACCUGUCUUCCAGAGGGCCUGGAGGUUUGAUGGCAGGCACCUGUCAGCCAAAUGGAGCCUUUGCCUGAGGAGAGCAGUAAGGCUCAGAGAGAGCCAGCAAAGUGUCCAAGGUCACACAGCAGGAGACUCCGUCUCCCUGCCUCCCAGUCUUCUGAGGCAGGCCCUUCCCAUCCCAUCUGAGUUGCGGCCCCGCCCCUUGGCACCUUGGCCCCUGGAGACCAGCAGGGCUCUGGGUUUUUACAACCCAUUAUUUCCGAGGAGACCCAGGUCACCUCAUAGAGCCCAGACUCAGGGCCAGUCCCGCUGAAACAGAACUGGCCUAGGCGGGGGUCCACUUGCUCUGUGACCUUGGACAAGCCCAGUGGCCUCUCGGAGACAAAUAUUCACCUCUGUAAAAUGAGGUUGUUGAAGGGUUCCUCCAAAUGCUGCCUAUGGCUCCAACUGUUUCCUUUCCUUCUCUCCCUCAUGGAGGAAGAGCCUGGGUCAGCUCAGGGCACAGCAGGGAUUCUGCUGGAGUGUGUCUCUGAGACACACACUCGGCACCCUCCACCUGUCACCUUGUGCUCCAGGCACCUGAUAGACCAUAAACCGCCUUGCAACAGCCCUGGGCGGUGGAGACCAGAGGAACAGGCUUGGGUGGGGGCCAGUGUGGUCCAAUCUCAGCCUGGCCCUCACCUCCACCUGAGGUCCUCCUAGAGCGGUCACUUCCCCUCUGUCAACCUCAGUUUUGCCGUCAGUACAACGGGGAGAUUACCUUUAGCCCAAAAGUGUUGUCCUGAGGAUUUACUCAGUGAUUCCUCAGGAAUGUUUGUUGAGUGACUGCUGUGUGGUGUCAGGGCCCCGGGGAGCCCCUCCUGCAUCUCUCUUCUGAUGUCCUAAGUUCACAGAUGUCAGCUGGUCUCUAGCCCUGUCCUAGCUCCCUGUGUGACUUCAGGCAAACCACUCUCUUUUCUGAGAGGAAAAAAAGUACAAGGCAGUGCCCCCUCCCUGGCCCCCCCCCCCCCGGGGUGUGUGUGAGAAUCAGCUGUCCUCUGCCCCAGGGCCCCCAGGGUGGGGGGGAUUUAGUCCCCUGCUGGUAUUUGGGGGCAGUGCAGAGGGGGAGGGGUAUGUGGAGCCCUGGGAGGACUAGUUAGGCAAGAUGGAGCCGAAUGGUUUGUGUUCGAAUCCAGCUCUGCUGAGUGAUCCUGGGUCUCGGUGCAGAAGAUGGCCGGCGGCGUGGACGGCCCCAUCGGGAUUCCGUUCCCCGACCACAGCAGUGACAUCCUCAGCGGACUCAACGAGCAGCGGACACAGGGCCUGCUGUGCGACGUGGUGAUCCUGGUGGAGGGCCGUGAGUUCCCCACGCACCGCUCAGUGCUGGCUGCCUGCAGCCAGUACUUCAAGAAGCUGUUCACGUCGGGUGCCGUGGUGGACCAGCAGAACGUAUACGAGAUCGACUUCGUCAGUGCCGAGGCGCUCACGGCCCUCAUGGAUUUCGCCUACACAGCCACGCUCACCGUCAGCACGGCCAAUGUGGGUGACAUCCUCAGCGCUGCCCGCCUACUCGAGAUCCCCGCAGUGAGCCACGUCUGUGCCGACCUCCUUGACCGGCAGAUCCUGGCGGCCGAUGCAGGUGCCGAUGCCGGGCAGUUGGACCUGGUAGAUCAAAUUGAUCAACGAAACCUCCUUCGCGCCAAGGAGUACCUUGAGUUCUUCCAGAGCAACCCCAUGAACAGCCUGCCUGCCGCUGCUGCCGCCACAUUCCCAUGGUCCGCCUUUGGCGCAUCCGACGAUGACCUGGAUGCCACCAAGGAGGCCGUGGCUGCUGCCGUGGCUGCUGUGGCCGCCGGCGACUGUAACGGCUUGGACUUCUAUGGGCCUGGCCCCCCGGCCGAGCGGCCCUCGGCAGGGGAUGGGGAUGAGGGUGACAGCAACCCAGGUCUGUGGCCAGAGCGGGACGAGGACGCCCCUGCUGGGGGACUCUUCCCGCCCCCUGUGGCCCCACCAUCCACCGCCACGCAAAAUGGUCACUACGGCCGGGGCGGGGAGGAGGAGGCAGCCUCGCUGUCGGAGGCGGCUCCUGAGCCGGGCGACUCUCCGGGCUUCCUGUCGGGAGCAGCUGAGGGUGAGGACGGGGAUGGGGCCGACGCGGACGGGCUGGCAGCCAGCACGCUGCUACAGCAGAUGAUGUCGUCAGUGGGCCGGGCAGGGGCCGCUACGGCAGGGGACAGCGAUGAGGAGUCGAGGGCAGAUGACAAGGGAGUCGUGGACUACUACCUGAAGUACUUCAGCAGCGCCCACGAUGGCGAUGUCUACCCGGCCUGGUCCCAGAAAGUGGAGAAAAAGAUCCGGGCCAAGGCCUUCCAGAAGUGCCCCAUCUGCGAGAAGGUCAUCCAGGGCGCUGGCAAGCUACCGAGGCACAUCCGGACCCACACAGGAGAGAAGCCCUACGAGUGUAACAUCUGCAAGGUCCGAUUCACCAGGCAGGACAAGCUCAAGGUGCACAUGAGGAAGCACACAGGCGAGAAGCCGUACCUGUGCCAGCAGUGCGGGGCGGCCUUCGCGCACAACUAUGACCUGAAGAACCACAUGCGCGUGCACACCGGCCUGCGCCCCUACCAAUGCGACAGCUGCUGCAAGACCUUCGUGCGCUCCGACCACCUGCACAGACACCUCAAGAAGGACGGCUGCAACGGCGUGCCCUCGCGCCGCGGCCGCAAGCCCCGCGUGCGGGGCGCGGGGCUUGGGGGUCCCGACCCCGCCUCCACUCCUGGGGCCCCCGCCCCACCCGGCGCCCCCGCCCCGCCCGGCUCACCAGACGCACGGCGCAACGGCCAGGAGAAGCACUUUAAGGACGAGGACGAGGACGAGGACGAGGCCAGCCCCGAUGGCCUGGGCAGGUUGAAUGUAGCGGGCGCCGCAGGGGGAGGCGACGGGGGCGCCGGGGCCACCGCCGAUGGCAGCUUGGCGGCCGGACUCGCCUGAAAAACCAAAAAGAGAAAACAGAAACCCAAGAGAGAGAGAGAGAGAGAAUCACCCACCACCCCCAAAAAACACAAAAAAAGAAAAUCUAUCUAUAUACAGAUAUCUAUAUCUAUAUAUAUAUAUAUACAGAUAUAUAUAUAUGAAGCGUCACAGAAUCUAGGGUAGUGCUUUUCUCAGAUUUUUCUCCUUCAUGAUGUUCUCUCCCUCCACGGGACCCUUGCCCCACCUCAACCCCUGGCCCACUUGCCCCCAACCCCAGCGAUGGCUUUCAGGGCUCUGCUUGGGGUUUUUGUGGGACACAAGGAUUCGGAGCUCCCCGGACGCCCUCAGCUGGGCGUUUUGGGUCCCAUCCCAGGCCCAGUCAGGGCCCCAGGCCCUGCAGGGGUGAGGGGGGCUGCGGGGGGCCGGGGACUGGGGUGGGCUUUUCUUUUUCUCCCUUUGCUGGUUUCUAGAGUCUUUGAGACAAGACCUUAAAUGAUUUCUGUCCACUGUGAGUGGACGUUAAAAUGGCCCCAUCCCCACCCCCACCCUCCUUCCUCAGGGCACUUCCUAAGUGGGGGUCUCCCCCUCCAUCUCCCUGACAGCCCCCCACCACCUCCUGAUCCUGCCUGUGGUCCCCUAUAUUUCCUGGCCACUGCGAUACAAAUCUAUUUAUUUUCAGGCGUGGAGAAAGGGGAGAAGAUGGGGAAGGGGGGGUGCCAGAGCUCGAGUGCCAUGGCCCUCGCCGCCUUCCUUCACGGCACUUACGACUCGGCGGGACCCUUGGGCCACCGCUCAGGGCACCCCUACCACCUGCAUCUUCAUCCCCUGACCCAGGCCCCCCAGACCCCACGAGACGUUUGGAGAUUCGAAACUUUGUCUUCACCCUCUCCCCUACCCCUAGCCCUCUCCCAAUUUUUUAAAGCACUUUUUAGAUUUUUUUUUCUUUUCCUCCUUAAAAACAAAAUUUAUAUAUAGAUAUAUAUAUAUAUAAAAUAUACUUUUCCUCAGAGGAGCAGGUGACAGUGUGGGGUGAAAGAGCCAAGGGCAGAGGGAACCCAGGGUCUCAUGGUGGCAGGGAUGUGGGGAGCGAGAGUGUCCAGAAGUUCCAGUGUCACAAAAGCAAUAAAAACAAGAUUUUACAAAAUGAAAGGAAAAACAAAACAAACAAACAAAAAAAAUCACAAGACAACCAACCACAAAUAGAAGUCUUGGCACUUUGUAACAGAACGGGUACUACACUUUAUCUUAAUUCUUAAUUUAAGAACAUGUUUACAAGUUGCAACCAACUUCUAUGAAAAGUCAAAAAGACAAAAAAAAAGCGAGCGAGAGAGAGAGAGAGCGAGCGAGCGAGAGAGAGAGAGAGCAAACAAAUUCCUAAAAGUCGAUUUAUUUUUGUACAAAAUAAUAAAAAAAGAAACCCACCACAGACGUAGAAUCCACUUCUGUUCCCCAAGGUGAGAAGGGGGUCAGGAAAGCAUGGGCCAGGGCGAGGCCUUCUGAGGUAUUUGUGCUUUACCAUGGGGGCUUGCCUUGCAGGCAGGACUGUGGGGUUUUUGUGUUUCUGCCGUGUCCCCCGCAACCCCCCUCAUUCUGUCCCUUUUUGGGUUCUGAUUUGGAGACGUCUCAUCACCUGCUAGCCAUACAGUGGCCACCCAUGUCCGCUGGGACCCUCCUUACCGACUCCCCAGCUCAGGGAUGGGCCCAAGAGAGGGCUGGCCUUCCAACCAGCCAGAGCAAUCCUAUCCCCCUGUCCUUGUCCCCCCACCCUCGCUGUCCCCCACCCUCCAACAUGGCUGCCCUUCCUGUGGCCACUGAGGAGCUGCCAUCUUGGUUAUGCCACCCCCGUCGAGGUGGGCGACAGGGGGCCCCACCUCCAGGGCCUUACACCCCCUCUCCCCCUCUUUUUACUCAAAGGCACUGACUGUAAUCUGGGGGCUGGCACUUGCUUCCCCCCAGCCUCUGGCUCCCCAAAGGCCCGGUGUUCACCGAGCCAAAGGCCACGGACAGGGGCCAGGGGUGGGGAGACCGUGUUGCCAGAGGCCAGGGCACCCUCCCCACCCCUUCCCUGUCGCAUAUGCAACCCUAGUGUGAAAUCCUGUAAAUAGACACUCUGCUGAGCUGAGACCCUUCCUCAUCAAAGCCCGAGGUGCAGGGGUGUUUUUGCUCUCCACCUCUAGCCCCUGGCCCAUCACCCCAUGUCCCUUUGUUCUGUGACAAACCCUAUCUUUUUCUUGUUUUUAAAGGGAAGCUUUUUAAGAAGGCAACUUUCAUCAUUGUUUCUACAGGAUAGUUUCUGUUUUUUCUGCUCCCCAGCUCCUGAGCCUGUCAGCCCCCCAAAUGUCUCAGGACCCCCCCCCUCCUGAGGGGGGUGGCAGGGGAGCCCGAGGCCGGGUGGCCCCGUCCACACCCCAGCAUCAUGGGGCGAGCUCUUUCAGAGAACACCUGUGGAGGCCGAACAGAGAGCUCAAGUGCCCAGGCCAGGGACCCCCCCCACACCCCAGCUCCCAGAGAGGUUCCCUGAGGGGACAGCCCUCUCCCCACUACCCACACACCCCCUCGCAAUAAAACCAACUGAAAAAUCACAGCUGUCGUCCUGGCCAGAGGGGACAACUGGACUUGGGGGGUCGAGGCCUCUGGGACUACGGCAGGGGUAAGGGCUGAACCCCGCCAAGCACACUUUAACACAAACCUCCUCGGGAAUUGCACUAAACCCCUGCCCCUAGCUCUGCGCUCAGCUUCUGCCAGCCCUGCCUACCCACUCCGCCUUAACCCCUCUCCUGCUGCCCGUCCCCAGGGGCCACAGCAUCUGCAUGGGCCCAGAGCCGGGACCCCCGCCCUUCCAGCCCAGCCCCCCUCCAACUCCGCGCAAUCACAUACUGUAUAUAGACGUGGAUCAAUUUUAUUUUUAUUCUUUAAAUUAAGGUCGUGAUAAAGUGUUGCCAAAGAUACUGCUGAAUUCUCACGUUUCAGGAAACAAACAAACAAAAAAAAUAUUUGAGGGGGAACGUGCUGACUGGUCAGAAAGGACACAGCAAAAAGUUUUUUUGUUUGGUUGUUUGGGGUUUUUUUUUGUGGUUUCUUUUUUGGGGUGGUUUUUUUUUUUUUUUUAACUGCCUGGUACAAAAAAAAAAAAAAGAAAAAAGAAAAGCAGCGAAAUUGUUAUUUCCAUCAUCUUGGUGAAACUGCGUGGAUGUGUGUGUGCACGUGUGUUCGAGAGUGAGGUCCAGGCAGGGGGGCUUCAGGUGGGGGCUCCGGGGGGCACCCCAGGGUGAGGGUGGGGGCCGUGGGCCUGGCGGGAUGGUGGGGUCGGAGCCCUCACCUGGCGCAGUCACCAGCCCACAGGACCCGAGAGAGACAGAUUUGCACCCUUGCUGCUGCUCGCUGCCUAGCCCCCCACCUUGAUCCCCACCCUGCCUUUUGAGAUUAAGAGAAAAAAAAGGCAAAAAAAAAAACCUUAAAAACCAGUGAAUGUAAAUUGCCGGACCAGGCCCAGCCUGGCACGGGUGUGGGCCUGGGCCUGUGCCCAGUGGGGCUCCCCUGGGCCAUACCAAAGUCUGCCCCCCCGAGGGCGGCUCGCCCAGGAGACCCCUCGUGGCCGUCCCAUCUAGUCAGCCUGUUUGUACUCGGCUAUCCCUUUGCUUGCUUCCAAGGGGGAGAGGUCUUGGGUAGGAGGGGGAGGGGUUUCCCAGCCCCUUCCAGGGUCUUCUGGGGAGUCUUUGCACUACUGAGACCCAUCGGCCUCCACAGCUAUGGCUGGAUGGCCUUGUCACAGGUGAUAGAAUGGAGGCAGGGGCCCUCCAGGACCAAGGCAGUCCAGGCAUCCAGGAUUGUAGGAGGCGAGACCAAGAGAGUGAAAGGAAAAGCAGGAGGAAAAAAAAGUAAAAAUCAACAAAAAAAGCAAAAAUCCUAUUUUUUGAGAAAGAAAGAUAUUUAUAUUUGCAGUUUUAUUUUAAAAAGUUAUUUAAGCUGAGGAAGCAGCCUUCCUGGAGGGGGGAUAUUAUUGGCUGGCACAGGACGGGUCAGGGCCUGGGGGCUCAGGCACCCCAGGAGCCAUAACCUCAGAGUAAGACUAGCUCGCACUAAAUAUAUAGAUUUACAUUGGGGGGGCGGGGCAGGAGAUGGAGGGGGCUGGGGAGACCCCCAUCCCAAGGCUAGGGCUACCUGCAGGCUGCGGCCAGGGGUCCUGAUGCCCAGGGUCCCCCCUGCCCCACCCGCCCGGGCCCAGACAUGAGGUGCCUUGGACUUUGGGGGGCCAGGUCUGGUGGAGGGGGGUGGGGUGGCGCCCACGGGGGGCACAGAGCACAGAGCAGACAUUCCAUAGACUGUAUUUGAGAGUCUUUAUAAAGUGUGGGAGAUUAAAAAAAAAAUCAAUUGAUAAAAAUGCACUUUUGGGGGGUGGGGAGGGAGAAGCUUUAAAAAUAAUAAUAAAAAAAAGACAAAAGGUGAUGAAAAACCAGACAAAAAAAUUCAUUUUUCUUGUACAUAAAAAAACCACUAAACGCAGCCUGUUACGACCGCUGCUGCCUCAUUUGCCUGA